AUGGCGGCUAUGAACCAGAUGUCCAUGGGGGAGCCUGAGUCUGAGGAUGAACAGGUUGCGGCGUCAGAUUCUGCAUCUCACGCCCCUACUGCUGGUGUGCCUGCUCACAGUCCUGAUGCAUCAUUGCUUGGUGGUGGUGGUGGACCAGCGCCCAGGAUGCCUGGGGCGGAAGAGGAUUACCACCAGGUGGGUGGGUCAGGGAACCAGUGGAUUUCGCGAAGUGUGACGUAUCUGAAGCAGAUCCCUCGCAAUAAGCUCAGCGAGCUGAUCGAACAAAUCGAUGGCACCUUUGACGCCACUUUGACAUCGCAAUUGACAUCCUAUGGUUUGCUAUGCCUAAUCUGGAUCUAUACUCGCAUCGUUCCGACGGUGAAGAUAUCGGACCUCAGAGCCGCAGCAGCAGCCAGUGUCAGAGUGCCGAAGUAUUGCGACCUGAACAUGAAGCUGAAGACCAUGCAUGCCAGGAUCGUUCGGGGCGUAGGCCGGGAAGCCUUUGACCAGUCUGUGUCUGGGCUCCCUUUGGUCUUGGAUGAUCGAUCAGUGGAAUCAGUGGCUAUUCCCCUGGGAUGGCAGACCUCGUGGGCUAAGCCGCCUCCCAAGGCCAAGGCGAAAGCUAAGGCAGGCCCCAAUGGAGACAUUGCCCAGAUGAUGGCCAAAGCCGGUCCCAUGCCUGGCGCUGUUUCGCGGCCAGUGGCGUCGCCUGCAAUGAGUGUCAGAUCUCCAGCUGUUGUCAAUGUCCCAUUCCCGCCAAACCCGAAGAGUGUCCCGGCUGCGAAGAGUGCCCCGCCGCCACCUGUGGCAGCAGCGAAGAGUUCUCCUCCAUUGCAUGUGGCAGCGAAGAGUUCUCCCCCGCCGCCUGUGAUCCCCCUUGCAAGUCCAGCUGAUGCAGAGGAUCGUGCGUCAACUACUCCGCAUGAGGCAGCUGACUUGACUACUUCUUCGUCUUCGUCUGGUGUGGUCAGUGGAGAUGCCUCUGGGGCGGGCAAUGGGUCUGUUGGUCCUCAGCCUGCUGAGAUGGCAAUGGAUGCAGCAUCGGAGAUUGUCCAGAACGAGGUGGACAGUGAGCGACCUGAAGCCAGAAGCAAUGUGAAAGUAGACAUUGAUGCUAUUUGGGAAUUGAUGGAGGAGGCCAGAACCACUGGACUCUCACUGCCAGUUCUUAUGAAAACGAAGAAGAGUGAGAAGCAAGGGGGAUGCAGCGAAUUCACUGUCAACUAUUGGAUGUCCAAGGCCCAUACCAUGUACUGUGCCCGAGCUUGCCUAUCUUUUGAUGGGGUGAAGAUCCUGAAUUUGGUGACAGAUUCGUCCACAUUCAGUUCUCGCGAAGCUGCUGUGUCAAUUGUUUACUCCUGUGAGCGUGACCUGGGCGCUUAUUGCGCUAACCAGGUGGUUCGGACAAAUGUGAUCGCGCCAGGAGAGAUUGAGGUAGCAAGUGAGGGCCUUGAACGCCUCAUAGCAACAAGGAAAGCGGACAGGGUAGCGUCUUUCCGGCUGCUUCAAGCGAUCAGCCACCAGAUCUCCAUUCUGACGAAUCACAAGCUGAGCAUCAAUAGCUUUCAGCUGAGUGAUGGUGGUGGAGGAGAUGAUGAGGAUGAUGUGGCUCAUCCUUUGGUCACAUGUUUGACCCCACUGACCCCGCAACACCUUCGCAUUGUCAACAAGUUUGCGGACGGCUCAUUCAGGACACAGGCAUCGAAGGAUGCGACUUUGACCAUCAAUGCGGUCGACGAGGCAAAGAUCUUGGUGCUGCUCAUGGACCAAGGACCCAUUGGCAUGGGUAUGAGUAGUUUCAUCCACUUCUGUGGGGUCAACCUUAUUCACAUAUCGUUCGAUCCCUUCCAUCGCGUGAUCAGAGACAUGAAGCUUGAUGUUGCUGGUGUUGGCCCAAAGGCCUUGCGGCAGAAGCUGCACCAGUGUCAGUUGUCUUCCAGUUAUCUGUGGACCUUGAACUAUCGCCCCUAUGGCUCUGGAGGCUUUGCCCAGGCCAAGACAGAAUAUCCAGAUGGUCAGCCUGACGCAAGCUCCAAAAAGUUCAGCCAGCUGAGAUCAGACAUGGGAGGCCUCCAACUAGCCCUGCACUGCACAAGCUGGUCAACAUGGAUGGGUGUCCAAGUUCUGCGCAUCGUAUCUCAGCCCUGCUGGAACUACUACAGCCAGACUGUGGAGUCAGUCAAAAGCCCCAGACAGGGACUUCUCCGCACAGCUGACAUGACAACAGAUUUGAAGUGGAUGAAAUGCAACGAGUUGACUGGCUUAGUUGAUGUGUUCUGGCAAGACUCGGAGUUUGACAAAGUGCUUCAGUACCACACCUUGUCCAGACGUCAUUUGGAUGAGGACAAACACCGUUCUUCUCUUGAGACUUUCGUCCAUCAAGUCUGGUACUAUGGCAUCAGUGUGCUGUCCAAGCGUUCAGCUGCCUACUCCAAGCUUGCGUCUCCGCCUGAAUGCUAUGCAGCAUUGCUUGUGCAGGAAGGCGAGCUGGCUGAGGACACAGAGAUGUCCUUGAGAGAAGAUUUCAGGUUGCUUUGCUUGGCUGAGCAAUCUAGACCUGCCCAGGAGCUGGUAAAAGAUUUGCAGUGUACUGUCUCGGCACCAGUACGUCUGAUGUUUUCUUGUUACGAGGCUGGACUGUGCUCAGAGGGGAAGCGCUUGUUGAACGGAAUGCUGCAUUGUGUCCCAGAUUCGAAGUUCAUUGAAGACCUACAUGGAAAGGUGAAGUCGGAUGCACUGCACAACCCCAACCGCAAGCAGACCCCCACGCAGGUCCAAAAUGUGCUCCAGAACUCUGGGCUUUUUGAAGCGAGAGGAAUUCCUCAUCUGUGUGCACUGGACAAGCAGGCAUUCAAGCUGCGCUGGAAGCGCACGAAGACCGCCAAAAGAAUGACAGAUGCUAGGGCAUGCAUCCUCCUCAGACCUGGCAUGAUCUUCAAGCCACGGCAGACUUUGGAUGGAGCAGAAGUGGAUGACAAGAUCUUCAUUGUGGUGUCCAACCUCAAAUGGGCCCUGCUGGUUUGGCCCAUGACGCUAUUCGAUGAUGGGUCUUUGAAGCUUACGCGCAGAGGGAGCCUUGAAUGGUAUUUCACCACUCGCAUUGACCAGCAUGAGUCGGCCAUUCCUUCUCCCAUCCUGACUGAAACUGGCAUCUCUGUUUCGGCUGACACAUGGGAGCACUCUGCCAAAGCGAUGCUCAGGAACCAUUCCUUGGAAAUGACUUUUGCUGAUUUGGUCUUUGUUGCAGGAAGCUUGCUUGGAAUCAAUGAUCCACACAAGCUCUCGAGGCGAGAUCUUGUCGAGGCUUUGGCGUUGCUACUUGGUGAUGCUGACUUCGCAAAGCAGGUUCUUUCCAAUGAAGAGACUAAGAAGAAGAAAAAACUCGAUGAUCCAACGGCAGAUGAUUCUUGCUCAGAAGAUUCACUAGCUGAACUUCUCUUAGACAACAUGGAUGCUGCCGACGCCGAUGAUUUCAAAGAGCUGAAAAAGCGGGUGAACAACAAACGCAACCUGAACAAGAAAAGGAAGUGGGCUCAGUGGAAGCAAGAAGACAUGGAGGCCACUGAAAAGAAGAAAGCCCUGAAAGCUAUGAGAGCCAAGGCAAAAUCAAAGUUCAAUGUUCAUGGUCGCGCCAAAGGACGUGGUGGUAGAGGCCGAGGGAGAGGGCGAGGCAAAGGGAGAAGCAGCCGCAUGCCUGCGGCUGAUGCUCAGCAUGAUGAACCGGAGGAGCCAACAGCAGGAGAGCCCAUGAGACAGCCUGAGGAUGCUGAGCUCGAGCCAACAGGAGAAACCAUGAGACAGCUCAAAGCUCAAAGCAUGGAGGCAACAGCAGAUCGCACCACUCUCGAUGAAUUUGUCGAUGCAGUGUUCGUCAAGCCGGAGGCAGAGGUGGGGUCGGGCGCCAGCUCCUCGCGCGCUGGAGUGGGACCAGAUGUGGCCGAUGGUGUUGGAUCUGAGGAAGCUCCACACGGGCCAGCAGUGUCGUCAGAUGUGUCAGUUGUUUCCAACGCUCCUCACAGUCAAUCUUCGCACCAAGCACCAGCAGAGGACUCAGUUCGCAUGUCGCAAGGCGAUGCUGCGUCUGAAGUUUUGCCUGACAGUGUGGUUCCUCCAAGGGUUUUGCACGAACCGCAUGGGCCGAAUCUUUACCACAGCCCGGAAACGUUGAAAGACUUGGCACCGCCUGGGUGUAGCAUUUUCCUCAACAGCAACUUGCAUUGCAUGUUGCUUCAAAGGUUAGUUGAAGGUUAG